AUGAAACUAUUUGGAAAACAAUUCUUGAUGGUCGUAAUAGAAUUUGUCGCAAUCCAACAAUUCGCUUUGAUUGCCAGCAAGCCUGACUAUGAAAAAGCUUCGGCGUUGGUGAAGAAAGCGAGUGAGCAAUCGGGAAAUAUCGACUAUGCUUCAUUCUGUAAAACUACUGGUGCAGGAGCCUCAAAACUUGGCUGUCAGAUCAAGGAAAUGGCUGAUGUGGGGCUUUUAGUGUGCCUUACCUCCGAUGUUUGCGAUAUUCAGCUAGGAGGGGAGUUGCACUCAUUGAAUCAAAUUCGUGAAGCUAAGCUCAAUGUCCUGGAUUACCAUAAGCAAAUUAUACCUGGGUGAGUUACGGCAUAGAGUAUAAAAAAAAUUACUUCAUUGUAAAUUCAGCGUAGUUUCAAAGGAAUUUCUGACCUCAGAACUGUCAUUUCAAAAGGGUUGUUUCAGUCCCUUUGGUGCUUAAUCUUCGAAAUGGUCGAAUUCGAAAUACUUUUCGUAUUUUUUCGACUUAUACACUCGUUUUGUUGCCAGAAAACGUUGUAUACAUAUUUAGCAAACUAUCCUACAGGUAGGGGCUGCUAUUUUUUAGCGAUAUUUGUUCACGAGAUGUUGAUUUUUUCGACUUGUUUUAAGCCAUAGCAAGUCAUAUUAUUAUUUUCUUGCCAACCUUAUUAUAAUUAUACUUCUGAAUCUCACAUCAUGCGUGCGGAUGGUGGCCUACCUAUGCGGUUUACCUAGUUAAAUAAAGACUCUAUUACUAUACUCUACUAUAUUCAUUCGAUUCUCAGAUUAAAGUGCGGUGCAAAGAGGAGUACCGAUGUAAAAUGCUCGGGUUAUCUUGUUCAGUGGGUUCCAACGGACAGAGGGAUGAUGCAAACAAUCAGAAGUGCCGUUGUAAAAGAUACCAUCAGUAAUCUGGUUGACUUGGUGAGAGAAUUCCAGCCUGGACAGGAGACACGUUUAAAAACGGCCGACGAUUUGGAAAAAAUUCGCAAGUUCAUGAAGCCGUGUGGGUCCGGUUACAAUCGAAUUUGUGAUCUUCAAGGAUUCUUUAUGAAAACCGGGGGGUUUGUGAUUGCUGAUCCUGAGGGUGUGGAGUUCAACACUCCGCUCACUGGCACGUGCUAUGAUAAGGACAGAUAUCCCACAACUCAGAAAGUCAUUAACGGCUUGACACAUUUGAUUGCUGGGAUUACAAAAAAGUAGUAAAGUAAUUCACUAUUUCUUACGGAAAUCAAAUGAGUAUUCUGGUGAAAUGUAAAUAAAAUUUAAAUUCCUAAUCUAUG